GCUCCUCACUAAACAUGAACUCCAAGCCUCAAGAGAAAAUAAUUUUGGAUGUUGGGGCAUGGGAGCAGAAGUUUCAAGAACUGAUGCAGGAGGUGAAACCCCGGCACAGGUGGACCCUGAAGUUGGAUGAGACUCUUCAGCCAGACUGUGUGGCCCAAGGCGGGAAGCAAUACCAGCAGAAAGCAUUUGGCAGGUUCCGGUGUUCCUCAUGCAGGCGAAAUUGGGCUUCCGCCCAGGUGCAGGUCCUAUGUCAUAUGUACCUGGAACCCCGAGAGUCCCAGGGCCAUGUGUUUAUGCGGCUCUUUGCUCAGAGGUGCCAGAAGUGUUCCGGGGCUCAAUUUGAGAAGCCUGAGUUCUCCAUCGAAAGUGCCAUGAGGAUUUUGAACAAUCUGGUGUACCGCAUUUGGGAGAGAUGCUACGGAAAUGGCAUCAGGAAGUUCUCAGAGAUACCAGUGAUCCCGGAAUUGCCUUUGGAAGGGUCCCAUGACAUGUCCAAUUGUGAGGCUUGCAAUCUGGGCUUCUGUGUAAUGAGCUUACAAAACUGCAUGACAAAACCAUCCAACUCCCCUUUCUCCUACAUGGAGAUUGGGAGCUUUGAUGACAUAUGCAGCCAAACCCAAGCCAUGAACCAGUCAGCUAAGGCAAAAGAGGCUCAAAGGAGUGGGGAUUCCUGUGAGCAUAAGAGAUCAGGGCCAAGCCAUGCCACUGCUAGAACCCACAUGCCUGGGACAGGUCCUCAGCUCAAAUGGGAGGCAGGCCGACAACCAACACCAGGGUCAGACCAGCAGGCUGCACGUAGAACAGGGUCACAGCCCAUCCAAGUAUCAAGGUCACUUCCCUCAGGGUGGACAGCUCUACAGCCCACACGAGCAGUAGGCUCAUUAUCUUCACAAGGGGCAAAUUCACAAUCUGCCCUGAGAACAGGACCACAGACCCCCCAGAAGACAUACUCUCAGGCUGUAAGGCAAGUCAACCAACAGUCUAAACAGGAGACAGUUUCACAAGCCACACAAGGGGCAGGUCUUCAGGCCCCAAAGAAAACAGACCUACAGCCCACACGGAGGGUGAGCCCCACAGCUACACAUGGAUCUGACCUACAGCCCACACGGAGGGUGAGCCCCACAGCUACACAUGGAUCUGGAACCUUCAAUGGAACUCAAGGUGUCUAUAGAAGGCAGGAGAGUUAUUUACCCAGAGGGUAUGCUCCAGACAGCUUUUCCAGAUCCUCUACCAUGCCACCAAAUGACUCCCGUGGCCCAAAUAACUUGUUCAGGUGGGGCUAUGACUGUGUUGCUGAUCUGUGGAAUUUUGUUGCAUCCAAAUUAUUUUAAAUAGAAUGAUGAAAAUAGGCUUAUUUUCUCUUGUUUUAAUUUUGUGGUAAUCAAUGAACUAGCUGCCAUUUUAAUGUGACAAAGAAUUUGCUUUGAGACCAAGCAAAUUCAAGUUUGUAGACUAAGCACUGCUUUCCUUUACUUCCUUUGCAGAUAGUUUAAAACAUG